GUUCGGUGCUGCCACCUACAUGUCAGAUUCGCCUCGAUAAAUUCAAUCAUUAGUUGAUUGUUGAAUUCUGUACCAUACACGUGCUCCAUGCGUCCACAAUUAUAGUCGGUGCUCUAAUUUUGUACUUGAUACUUGAUAUGAAACAAGAAAGUCCUAUAAUAAUGGACGGUGGAAUCCCUGAGAAUAAAUCUAGUUCAGAAUCCGAUGAUGAUUUUGACAUGCAACAAUCCAGUUCUGAUUCAGAUUCUACGACUUAUUCAGAUGGAGAACUGAAUGCAGAUAGAAAUUAUGAAACAGAAUGUGUCAAAGAAACAGAAGAAAAUGAAAAUGAGGAAGAAGAAGAAGACCCAGUAAUACAAGCUAUAAAGAGAAAUCAUGUUCUUAAAACAAAUCAUCCUAAAGAUAUUGUUGUGGAAGAUUUGAUCUCAGAAAUUUGUUUUCAUCCCAAUGAAAACUAUAUUGCACUAGCUUCAAUUUCAGGCGAUGUGCUAAUAUACGAUUAUACAUCUACUAAUGAAGAACAAACGCCUCUUUUCACCUUGGAAGCUCAUGAAAAAAGUUGCAGAGAUAUUGAUUUUAGUUCUGAUGGAAAAAAAAUAUUUAGUUGUGGAAAAGAUAAAGCUAUUUUUAUUCAUGAUUUUGAGACACAAAAAUUAACAGGAAUGUUUGAAAAUGCUCAUAAGAGGCCAAUUUAUACUUUGUGUAUUAUAAAUCAAAAUAAUUUUGCCACUGGAGAUGAAAAUGGAACUGUAAAUUUAUGGGAUUUGAGGCAGCGAAAUUUGGAACCUGUAUUUUCUUUGAAAGAGUGUGAUGACUAUAUAAAUGGUAUGCUUGCUAAUGACGAAGAAAAAUUUUUAGUUUGUACUAGUGGCGAUGGUACUUUAACAACGUUUGAUAUGAGAGCUAAGAAAAUGCAUUGUAAAACUGAAGAUUAUCCUGAGGAGUUCACAUGCCUGGGAUUGUUUAAACGAGGUAGAAAAAUUGUAACUUGUGGUAACAAAGGCAAUAUGUACCUCUUUAAUUGGGGAGAAUUUGGUCUUCACACAGAUAAAAUAUUAUGUAAAAAUAACUUAUCUAUAAAUUGUAUGAUUCCUAUAACGGAAACCAUUGGGAUUUAUGGUUGUGAAGAUGGAUACAUAAGAGCCCAAAGCAUUUUUCCUGAUAAACCAUUGGGUGUUGUUGGUCUACACGAAGUGUCUGUUGAAAAUCUUGAUGUUAAUAAUGAUGGAUCAAUUAUUGCAUCAUCAUCCGGGGAGGGACCUAUAAAAUUUUGGAACGUAAGCUACCUAGAAGAAAUAAAUGUUUCAGAACGAGUCAAAGGAGGGAGAAAAUCAGGCAUGAAUCGUAAUUUACCAAGUAGUAAAAUAGAUCAUGCAGCCAACUUUUUCGCAGAUCUUUAGAGAAACAUAACAUUAAAAAAAAAAAAAUUGUACAGAAUAAACUUAAUACCAAGUAAUAAGUAUAAGAAAGAGAACUUUUAUAUUAUUAAUGCCAGUUUUAUUUUCAUUAAGUAAAAACAAUUCAAUUAAAACAAUCAAACAAGUAAAUUCGUUCGAUCUUAUUGUCUCUUUUAGUUACUGUUGGAAUUUUCGUUAUUGAUUUUCAUGUGAUGUAUAUUUAGCAGUAGAUUACUCUAAUGUACUUAAUAUUUUCAAAUUUGUACAUAAAAAUCUAAUACACUUGAAAUAACUACACUUAAAAUGAUGAGCAAUAAAAUGUUGAAUUAUUCAAGUAA